CAACUGUUACUUUGAAACCACCAAGGACCAAUCAUUUCAUGACACCUGUCCCUUAGGUCAUCUAACCUUCCCUUUAAUUCUAAGCACGUGAACUGAAAUUACUCGAAACAGAGGAUAAAGUGACAGUCACUGAUAUUAGAAAACAGGCUGAAGCAAAGCAAAGCAAAGCAAAGCAAACUCUGUUUAUGGAUUCUUGAGAUCUCCGGGUUUUUUUUUUUUUUCGUAUAUUUACCGUCAUGCCAUCUCGUCCUGCACCGCCUCCGUUACCGGUGGCGGCGCCGUCGGACAAUCACCGUCACCACUUCCACUUCCUUCUUCCUCCACUACUCGCCGCUAUUUUAACCGUUGCCUUGUUCCUUUUGGUUGUCUUGACCGUUUUUAUCUACCGUAAGAUUUACCGGAACCGUACGGCUCCGUCGGAAUCUCCGGGCCACCAGCAGUGCCGCCGGUUGUCGUACUCGCUCCUCCGCCGCGCGACCGGUUCGUUUUCCCCUUCCAACCGCCUCGGACACGGGGGAUUUGGGUCUGUCUACAAAGGUACUGUGUCUUCCAUUCCGCAUCCUCUGGCGAUUAAAGUUAUGAACUCUGUAGAUUCGUUGCAAGGCGAAAGAGAGUUCCACAACGAGCGUUCUCUCUCACUAAAUUUGAAUUCACCCCACAUUGUGCCGCUCGUCGGUUUCUCUUCCGAUCGCCGGAGGAGGAGAUUUGUUUUGGUUUACGAGCUGAUGGAGAAUCGCAGCGUGCAGGAUGCCCUGUUGGAUAGAAAACGUGCGGAGCUUAUGGAAUGGAGAAAGAGAUUUUGCAUUAUAAGUGAUGUGGCCAAGGGGCUUGAGUAUCUUCACCACGUCUGCGAUCCGCCCGUGAUUCAUGGCGAUAUCAAACCCAGCAACAUUCUCUUGGACGGAGAUUUCAAGGCCAAGAUUGGAGAUUUUGGGCUUGCGAGAUUGAAAACAGAGGAUCUGGUGGAGGGCCUUGAGGAGGAUGAAAGUGUCAAGAAGGAAAUCGGAGAAGAUAAUGGAUCCAUCUUGGAGGAGACAGAGAGUGUUGUGACAGGGUACGAGGAAGCUGGGAGUUUAACUGUUGUUGAUAGGUCGCCGGAAAGUUGUGUGCUUAGAGUUUUGGACUCAGAGCUUAUUCCAGAGACGGCGGCGGCGUCACCAGAGGUGGGGAUUGAGAAAACAAGUGUAGUAUCAGAGGGUUUUUUCGACAAAUUAAGUGUUGAAAGUGGGAAAAAGGGUGGUUCGAGAAGAGAUUGGUGGUGGAAACAGGACACCGGCGGUGGGUCGGAGUCAGGGAGGGUGAAGGAUUACGUAAUGGAGUGGAUUGGAAGUGAGAUUAAAAAGGAGAGACCCAAAAACCAGUGGACCACAUCGCCAACCUCCGUAGAUAACGACGAAUCGAGCUCGAAAACAGAGCAGAAGAAGGAGAAGAUUAGAAAGAGAGAAAAGAACAGAAAACCCAGAGAGUGGUGGAAAGAAGAAUUCUGCGAGGAACUCCAAAAGAAGAAAAAGAAGAAGAAGAAAAGAGAGGUUUUCUCCAGCAGUAAUGGCGAAUACUGGUGGCAGAAUGAUGAAAUUGAACAAAAAAGAAUGAAGAAGAAGAAGAAGAAGAGUAGCAUGGGCAGCAUCGAUUGGUGGUUGGAUGGAUUUAGCGGUGAAUUUCGAGUUGGGCGAAGAAAUAGCCAAGACUGGGAUAUACCCAAGAGCGGCGGCGUCAGUAGCACCCCUAGUAUGAGAGGCACUGUUUGUUACAUUGCACCGGAGUAUGGCGGCGGUGGGUUGCUCUCGGAGAAAUGUGAUGUCUAUAGCUUCGGUGUCCUUGUUCUGGUUGUAAUCUCCGGACGCCGUCCCCUGCAAGUGACAGCCUCGCCCAUGUCGGAAUUCGAGAGGGCUAAUUUGAUCUCUUGGGCUAGGCAACUUGCUCACAACGGGAGGCUAUUGGAUCUUGUUGAUCCCUCAAUUCAUUCAUUGGACAGAGAUCAAGCAUUGCUCUGCAUAACCAUUGCAUUGCUCUGUUUACAGCGGUUGCCGGCCAAACGACCCACUAUGAAAGAGAUAGUGGGGAUGCUUUCCGGUGAGUCUGAGCCACCACAUUUGCCUUUUGAAUUUUCACCGUCGCCGCCGGCGAAUUUCUUGUUUAAAUCCCGGAAGAAAGCACGGUGAGUUUGCUUUUUGAUUUGACUAUAGAAAUUGUGUUAUCUGUUGUACUUUAUUUGUGAUGAUUAGUAUUAUGCGUUGUAUAAAUUUACUUUUGUAGUAGUGUAGAAGAAAAAAAUGUUAACUCAUAUUGUUUUUU